CUCUGAGUCUUCCUCUGCUGUCAAAACAGACGCAUCACGCGCGCUGGGGUGCAACAAGGCGCUCGCUCACUAGGAAAAGGGGAGCGCUUUGUUGUUAUCUUUCGCAUUUCAAAUUUUCGGAUCCUUAUCUUGGCUACAAAUUUUCAGCAUGAAGUUUUUACUUAUCCUUGCUGUGGCUGUGUCCCUCUUCGCAGAUUCCAAGUCACUGCCUUUUGGACAAGAUGGCAGGAGAGAAGACCUGGUCACCCAGUGUUUGGUUCAGAUCCUUUCUAAGGCACUGUCCAAACCAGAUGUUACUGCACUGCAACCAGAAUGUAAAGAAAUUCUUAAUGCAGGUUCCAGUCACUCUGUAACUAUGAAAAAGAGUGGGGAAGAUUUGCUGUCUUCUGAGCAAGAAAAGAGACGUGGAGAGGAGACCAAUGAGGAAGUAACUGGUGAACUUCUCAAAACAAAUCAGGAAAAGCGUGAGGACAUGGAUGAGGAACGAAGCCAGGAGGAAUUCCCAAAUUACUAUAAAAGACACCAUCUUUUAGCAAACACAGAAAAACAUGAAGACCCUGAGGAUGAGAGGAGUGAGGAGGAAUACACUCACCAAAGGCACUAUUCUCUCUCUACCAAAGAGAAGCGUGAGGAUCAAGAUGAGGAACGAAGCCAAGAAGAAUUCCCAUUCUAUGAGCAGAAAAGGUAUCAUAUUUUGACAAGCAAGGAAAAGCGUGAAGAACCUGACUAUGAUAGAAGCCAGGAAGAGUUCCCAAGCUUUCCACACAAAAGGCACCAUGAAGGUGAUGAGAGUCAGGAGAAACAAAUUUGGAACUCUCAUAGAUAUCACAAAAAAGUGCACCACAAACGGGAUCAUGACUGGUCUGACGAAGAUUCUGCAGAAUUAAGUUCUCAAGAGAAGAGGUCUAGAGAAUCAGUGGAAGAUGAAGAAGAGGAGAGAGCAAAGCAGUAUUGGCAGCCCAGUCUUAGAUACCACAAGAAACACCACAAACGAGAUGAGGAGUCCUCUGAAGAAGAGCCUGGAACUAUGGAGAGUGAUGAGAGAGAGAGGAAGGGUUGGUGGCCCAGUUACCACUACUACCAACAAAAGCACCAGAAACACAGAGGAGGAUCAACUGAAGAGGAUUCUGAGGAGCAACCCUCUGAGAAAAGACAAGAGGAGUCAGAGGACAGUGCUGACAGUGAAAAAAGGAUCUGGAAGCCAGCCCACAUGCACCACCACAAGAAACAUUACUACAAGAAUGGUGAGUCAGUCAAAUUUGAAAAUGAAGAUGAAGUGAAAAAAGAUAAGAAGCAUCAUUUCUAUGACUCACGGGAGGAGAAUUUCAAGCACCGCUCACCUGAAGAAGAAGAAGAGGAACUAAUUGCUCAAGCACUAAGUGAAAACAAGCAUCACUUUGGAAGUCCAGUGGAGAAAAGGCACCAUAGCAGUACAGAGGAAGAGAAGCAGGAGGAGGAGGCAACACUGAGAUACCUGACCGAGAAAAGAAGUGAUCUGGAGGAACAUCUGCUGAAAGAAGGUGAGGUUUAUGAGAAGCGCAGUCCCUGGAUUUACAGAGAAUACUACCAUCCAUCCUGGUAUAAGAAGAGUCUUGAUAAAAACAAGAUUGCAGGUCUGCAUAAUUCACAGAAGUUGGAGGAGCUUGCCAGUACACUCCGAUACAAGAGGGGUCUGUUGGCUCUAAAAGAGCCAUCGGAGGGAGAAAAGGCUGCACUCCAUCAGAGGGCUCUCACUCCAGAAGAGUUAAAGGAACUGGAGAAACUGGCCUCAGCAGACCAACACCUACAACAUAUAGAUUAGCCAAGCUCAAAACCAGAAGUGACCCAGUCAUCCAGAUGACAGACAUCUGAUACUCCCCACUAUGACCUUGCUGUGCGUGCUGCUGCUUUGUGCUGCUUUUCAAUUAACUAAUGCAUCUGAACUAAUCUCUGUUCAAAAAUAGUUAGCUUAUAGCACUGGUCCACUUUUUAUGUUGAAGGUUAUUUACAGUGGAUGACAUACACCAAGAUAACUACCUUAACAAACAGCAUAAAAAAAUUAAUUAGAUCAGGUUUUGUCUGCAAUGAGGAAAGGCUAAAAAAGACAGCUUAAUAUAAAAUGCCUGCAGAAACUGCUUGUAGAAACUGAUGUGAAAAACCAAGAGCAUGCCAUGUUUGAUAUUUAAAAUAGAUUUUUUGGCUUAUAGGUUGUAUAACCUACUGUAUGUGUUUGUUUGCAUUGGUUGUGUGCAUCUAAUAAAAUAUGUUACAAUGGG